CUCCCUAUAUAUGCAGCACUCUGCCCACUCAUCUCAUCACCAACUCUCUUACCGAACAAACCCUUUCCUUAGCAAAAGCGAAAGAGCAGAGCAAGCAAUCAGUCGAGCAGCUACGGGCUACGGCGACGCAGGCCUUGCGAUCGCUUUGCUGCAUUCCGGCGGACACCAUGACAACAAUGGCGACGCCCAAGUCGUUGAGGAAGGCGUCGAUCGGCGGCAAGGCGUGGCGGCUGCUGCGCCUGGCGGUGCUCUGGGCUCGGAAGGGGAGCGCGGCGCGCAGCCUCCGCCUGCUCAAGACCCUGCGCCGCCACGGUUUCUCGAUCUACGGCCUCGGCUUCCACGGUAGGCGCAACGACCGGCUCCGGUACGGCGAGCGCGAGUUCUCCAUCGACGAGACGCCCGCGUUCCGGUUCCGCACUCCCUCCGCGCGCGUGCUCCGCUUCAUCCCCUGCAUCGCCACCGCCGUCCCUGACACACCCGCGCGCUACGGCGAGGACCGCUACUUCUUCUGCGACGCCCGGGAGAAGGGCGAAGAGGGCUGCUCCGGGGACUACUACGACGAUGCCGAGCUGAGCGAGUGCGGCGUCGAGGAUGACCGGCUGCUCGAGCGGGCGAUGAUGGAGGCCAGCUGCGGGGACGCGGCGGAGGGCGGCGAGGACGCCGGGGUGGACGUGAAGGCGGACGAGUUCAUCGCCAAGUUCUACGCGCAGAUGAAGCUGCAGCGACAGAUCUCCUGGCUGCAGUACAACGAGAUGAUGCACAGGAGUGUCUGCUAGAUAGCGCGCGCCGCGCGAUAGCUAUAUUUUCUGUGAACAGAUAUUGAGUUUUGGCUCAGCAAUGCAUA